UACUCAGCAGGUCUGUUGUUACCACAACAACAUUCUCUGACAACAGCAUUAGUGCUUAAUAUCAGAGAGUAUUUCGUAGAGACGGGCCACUUUUAUUAAAAUUAAUUGGAUAAAUUGGAGAUGUAGAAAUUAUUUUUCAAUUAUUGCAAUUAUUUCAACUUUAUUGUUUAAGAAUCUUGUUUGAUAGUGGAAUUCAUAGUAAACAACAACAUUACCCAUAAUCCUACAGAAAAAGAUCCACCAAUCAGAGAACCAGGGCCAAUGAAACCCGCGAAACGUGCCUCGGAGCGACCGCCCACUCUCAUGAUACACUAUGAAUGAUGUAAUCGUGUCGGUGUCUCUUCACCCUUAAACUACUUUUAUAUUGGUACAUAUCGGAAUAUUUUGCAAUAAAUGUAAAAUAUAUUGGUUCUAUACUUCAAAUCAACAACCUAAAAUCAAUAGUUUUACAUAAUCCCACUGUUUUUGUAUUCAAUUACAUCAUUCGCAAUGCUUCAUGGGGUUGUAGUUCAUACCCUCAUGAAACACGGCAAGUACACAGUCUUGCAUCUUUGUCUUUAUGUCCGAUUUUCAAAUACUUUUAUGCUUCAAAACAAAGUUUGUGAUGUUGUGAUUCACCUCGGAACUGGUUGGUUUGGUUCAUGAACUCUUAUGAAGGAUUUAAUGAAAAUCUUUGGAAGAAAUAAACUGGGAGAAUACUUCAGUAUCCCAGAUGGCUAAAAGUGGGCGGGCACUGUUGCGCUCUCCUGCUAUACAGGUAAAUAGCCAAUCACCUUUUAGAUAUGAACAUCGCCUGUCAAUCAACGCAAGAACGCGCAUGCGCAUUAGAUAUACAAAAUGUUUUUUUUUUUGCAUAAUCUGAGGCAAAGAAGCACUAUUUAUGAUUAAAGUGAAGUCAGAUUUUACUGCUGAUUUGAAAUAUGUUCUUUGAUCGUAAUCUUGACCAAACAUUUUUGAGAUUUCGGUCUUCCCCCAUUCAAGUAGAUAGUAGCUGCACUGGCAUGACUGCGUUCCAAAGAUGACCAACAGUGGACUGACUCGCAAGAGAGACUUUGGUAACGUCAGUCACAGAACAUAUGUGUGCGUGUCUCUGAUAAACUCAUAACAAUAUCUCACUCAAAUAGCUCACAAUCAUCUUUAUGCCGUCAAAUAUCCCCCCAAAAUCAUCCCAAACUCAUUAUUUUCUAGAAUUAAUGAACACAGAGACUCUUCUAAAAUUGCCUGUUUGCAGCUCAUUAAUAAUUCAUGAGCUCUGAUGUGAGCGAGUGUGCGCGUGUCCGCGGUGUGUCUGAUCAUUUCACUGUGCGCGCGCGCACCUGGUCGUCUCCUGUGACGCUCGCGCGGAUGCUGCGACUGAUUUCUGAUCAAAUAUAAUGAUAAAGAGAAACGGAGCGGAUUCAUGAUGGAGAAAAACAAAAGAUCCAGCAAACAACAAAUAUAUGAAGAAACGACCGUCUGUAUGUAAGCUGCCGCAGUGAAGGAGAUGGUGUACUUCCUGUCUGUGGAGGGUGUGAAGCCCUCGUAUCACUCCAACCUGCUCUUCAACACGACCAUCAACCACUCAUACAGGAACGAGCCUUCAUCUCCGCCAGGCACUUCACCAGCACCCGUCCUCUGCAGACUGGACGCCCCGUCGGCCGCCUCCUCUCUCCAGAGCAACAGCUCCCUGAGCUCGUACAAUCUGACUCCGGGCGAGGUCACCAUUCUCGGGCUGAUUUUUGGGAUGUUCUGGGUGAUCUCGGUGCUGGGCAACUCACUGGUGUGUCUGGUGAUCCAUCGCAGCCGCAGAACCCAAUCCACUACUAACUACUUCGUGGUGUCGAUGGCGUGUUCCGACCUUCUGUUGAGUCUCGCAUGUGCGCCGUUUAUUUUACUGCAGGUGUGUGCAGGUCACUGGCCUCUGACCACCGCCGCGUGUAAAACCGUGCGUUACCUGCAGCACUUGUGUCCUGGUGUCCAGGUGUAUGUGCUUCUGUCCAUUUGCGUCGACCGUUUCUACACCAUCGUUUACCCUUUGAGUUUCAAAGUGUCCCGUGAGAAAGCCAAACGGAUGAUUCUGGCUUCUUGGCUCUUUGAUGCAGCUUUUAUAUCACCGUGUCUGUUUUUCUACGGCUCGUCUUCACCCGUGACUCAAAGUCACUGUGACUUUUUCUUACCGGACAGCUGGGACGGGCUGGCGUACGCGAUUGCGCACCUGCUGUUUGGGUUUCUGGUUCCAGCGCUUCUCAUCCUCUCGUUCUAUCAGAGAGUGAUCCGAUACAUCUGGAGAAUCAGCGCCGACGGGCGGACAGUCCGCAGAACCAUGAACAUCGUCCCCAGAACGAAAGUCAAAACCAUAAAGAUGUUCCUGAUGCUCAAUCUGAUGUUCCUGCUCACCUGGACUCCGUUUUACAUCGCUCAACUGUGGCACCCGAAGGAGACGUCAGGCCCCAGCAGACAGGGGGCGCUGUUCUUCAUCACUGUGGCCUGGAUCUCAUUCAGCUCGACGGCUUCAAAGCCGACGCUUUACUCCAUUUACAACGCCAACUUCAGACGCGGUAUGAGAGAAACUUUCUGCAUGUCAUCCAUGAAGUGUUACCGUAGUAACGCGUACACCAUCACCGCCAGCUCGCGAAUCUCUAAAAAGAACUACGUUGGCGUGGUAGAUAUUCACGUGCCGGCAAAAACACUCAUCAAAGACUCAGUUUACGAUGCUUUUGACCGGGAAGCAAAGGAGAAGAAGUUAGCUUGGCCGAUUAGCACCAACCCACCAAACACAUUUGUAUAAAAGAGUCUCGGACGUUUAAUAUGAUCACCACUGACGACACAGAACAAUAAAAACACAUUUGACCUAAUGAACAAAAUCUGUUUAAAUGCAAAAACAUGUGGUGCUAAUUGGGUUUAGAUACAAAUCUGUGACAUCACAGAGAAAGUCUUGCGUGAGCAGCUACAAACAUCAUCCUCGAUGUUAUUUCUGUGAAAUUAAAGUUUUUUUUUUUUCCUUUCUAUGUUUCUCUGUUUGUUUUUCUGGUUAGUCUGAUUAUCCUACGGUGGCCUGUUGGUGCAAAGCGGGGUUGAUUUUCAUCUUGGACAGAUGCAAUUUGUGUUUUUGUGCCUGUAGUUACAGAUGAAUUCUGUCUCUCAUUGUUACAUGUGUUUCAAGAUGCAAUGUAAUUUUACAAUUAAACAUGUACUAUUAAAAUUAACAACUGAAUGUCUGUGGAGCUUCAGGUUAAUUACGAGUCAACAUGAAACACUGUUCACAACCCAUUUUACAUCCAUAAUGUGGCGUAUUUCUGAUUAAAACAGAAAAUUAAAUGAGAAAUAAUUGUAUGGCUGGACUUUGAUUGAUUGUGUGAUGUAAAGUGUCUUUAUAUGCAGGGUUAGGGAGUAACAGAAUACAUGUAACGGGAUUAAGUAUUUAACCCCUUAAACUCUGGUUCAUUUUUGGGCUGCCGUCCACAAUUUUUCACACUCAAAUUUAAAAGCUCAUCAUUCACACAUACUGUGGACUAACUACAAAAAAUUGGUCUCAU